GCUGGGUUUUAGCCCCAAAUACGCGGUAAAAUUAAAUUAGGGCGCCAACUGGUUCCGGAUUCCCGCGGAGUGUAGAGGUAUACAUAGAAGCAACACCUGGCCCCAUUUCCUCAACGAUGGCUUCUUCUGCUUCUACACCGAGAGUUGUGGCUAGACGGAGGACUCAAGCUUCCAAAUCCAAAUCCAAGAAACAAGACUACGACGACACAAGAUGCGAACAAUGCGGGUCGGGUGAUUUCGGAUCGGAGCUCCUUUUAUGCGACCAAUGUGACCGAGGGUUUCACUUGUUUUGCCUCAGACCUAUCCUUCCCUCUGUUCCAAUCGGCUCAUGGUUCUGCUCUUCUUGCUCAUCUAAUCGGAAAACCAUUCCAAGAUUUCCAUUGGUUCAAACCAAAAUCAUUGACUUCUUCCGCAUCCAGAGGUCCUAUGAAACUGAUUGCCAAGUAGAAGACAUUGAUAAUAAUAACAAGAAAAGACGGAGAACAAGAAGCCUUGGGGCAUUAAAGAAGAAAAGGAGGAGGCUUUUGGCUUACAGUCCAAGUGAGGAUUCUGCAAGAAGGCUAGAACAGAUGGCCUCCCUGGCCACAGCGUUGACAGCCACAGGCGCUGAGUUCAGUAAUGAGCUUACAUACAUCCCUGGCAUGGCUCCCAAGUCAGCUAAUUGCCCUGCUUUUGAGAAGGGGGGAAUGCAGCUUCUAUCAAGAGAAGACACUGAGGCUUUGAAUUUGUGUAAGACUUUGAUGAGGAAAGGGGAAUGCCCACCUCUCAUGGUUGUCUUUGACCCUCUUGAAGGUUUCACUGUAGAAGCUGAUAAAUUCAUUAAAGAUAUGACAAUCAUCACAGAGUAUGUUGGGGAUGUUGAUUAUCUGCGAAACCGUGAAAACGAUGAUGGAGACAGUAUAAUGACUCUUAUCUCUGCUGCUACUUGUUCAAAGACUCUGGUCAUUUGCCCUGACAAGCGCAGUAAUAUUGCCAGAUUCAUCAAUGGCAUCAACAAUCACACACCGGAGGGGAGAAAGAAGCAGAAUUUGAAGUGUGUGAGAUUCAAUGUAGAUGGGGAGGCCAGGGUGUUGCUAGUGGCUAACCGUGAUAUAUCAAAGGGAGAAAGAUUGUAUUAUGACUACAAUGCAUAUGAAAAUGAGUAUCCUACUGAGCAUUUUGUAUGAUGAUCUUUUCACUUGAUUCUUCUUCAGUUAUACGGGAAAACAUCCCAUCUUUUUUUAUAUCAACAGUUCAAUGAAUGUACUUUGUCCAUUGCUUACCCUUUUUGAGGAUUUAAUUAUUUAGACAUA